CCGGCCGGCGGGGCAUUUAAACCCCGCUGACUGCGGGUGGAGGACGCGCGCCCCGCUCUGCGCCCUCCGCCCAGACUCUCCGCCUCGGGUACCGGCUCGGCAAGAUGAGGUCUUCCUUGGCUCCGGGUGUCUAUUUCCUCCGCGCCUUCUCCAGGGACAGCUGGUUCCGAGGUUUCAUCCUGCUGAUCACCUUCUUUGUCUAUACCUGUUAUCACAUGUCCAGGAAGCCCAUCAGUGUUGUCAAGAGCCGUCUGCACCAGAACUGCUCACAGCUGAUCGACCCCACCAACAGCACCCACAGCACCAAUGACACCACGUGGUGUAGCUGGGCUCCAUUUGACCAGAGCAACUACAAGGAGUUGCUGGGCGCCGUGGACAAUGCCUUCCUCGUGGCCUACGCCAUCGGCAUGUUCAUCAGUGGGAUUUUUGGGGAGCGACUCCCCCUCCGUUAUUACCUCUCAGCCGGAAUGCUGCUCAGCGGCCUUUUCACCUCGCUCCUGGGCCUGGCCUAUUUCUGGAACAUCCAUGUGCUUUGGUACUUUGUGCUCAUCCAGAUCUGCAAUGGACUCGCCCAGACCACAGGCUGGCCCUCAGUGGUGACCUGCGUUGGCAACUGGUUUGGGAAGGGGAAGCGGGGGCUCAUCAUGGGCAUCUGGAAUUCCCACACCUCGGUGGGCAACAUCCUGGGGUCCCUUAUAGCAGGCAUCUGGGUGAACGGGCCAUGGGGGCUGUCGUUUGUGGUGCCGGGCAUCAUCACCGCUGCCAUGGGGGUCAUCACCUUCUUCUUCCUCAUUGAAUACCCAGAAGAUGUGGACUGCACCCCUCCUCAGCACCAUGGUGGGCCGGAGGAGAGCCAGGACAACCUUGAGGAGUCUGGCAGCGGACACUACAGGGACAGCAGCAUGGAGCCGGUAGCUGUGAGCUCCAAGGAACCAACCCCAGAGCCUGCUGCCAUCAGUUUCUUUGGGGCACUCCGGAUCCCGGGUGUGGUGGAGUUCUCUUUGUGUCUGCUCUUUGCCAAGCUGGUUAGCUACACCUUCCUGUACUGGCUGCCACUCUAUAUCUUCAAUGUGGCUCACUUUGGGGCCAAGGAGGCUGGGGACCUGUCCACUCUCUUUGAUGUCGGUGGCAUCAUAGGCGGCAUCAUGGCGGGGUUGAUCUCUGACUACACCAACGGCAGGGCCACCACCUGCUGCAUCAUGCUGAUCUUGGCUGCCCCCAUGAUGUUCCUGUACAACUACAUCGGCCAGAACGGGAUUGUCAGCUCCAUAGCGAUGCUGAUCAUCUGUGGGGCCCUGGUCAACGGCCCUUACGCACUCAUCACCACUGCUGUCUCAGCUGACCUGGGGACUCACAAGAGCCUGAAGGGCAACGCGAAGGCGCUCUCCACGGUCACGGCCAUCAUCGAUGGCACUGGGUCCAUAGGUGCAGCUCUGGGGCCCCUGCUGGCGGGACUCAUUUCCCCCACGGGCUGGAACAAUGUCUUCUACAUGCUCAUCUCUGCUGACAUCCUGGCCUGCUUGUUCCUCUGCCGGUUGGUGUACAAGGAGAUCCUGGCCUGGAAGGGGUCCCUGAGCAGAAACAGAGGCUACAAAGAAAUAUGAGACCCUGAUUGGAAGGGAAGUAUGGAGGGCCCCAACUGGGUCCCAAAGUGCUCCCCCGGGGCAAGACAAUGGAAACUGCUACAGAAUGGACAGUUGCUUCAAAGCCUCUUGAACAACACAAGUUGGCCCAACCCAGCCCGCAGGGCUAUGGAACCAGGACAUUCUCCAUGGGAAGGGACUGCCAAGCAUGAGGAAACAGAAGACUCAAGGGCCUGAGUUUGGAAAGAUGCCAGCAGAAGGGUUGGGGAUGAGAACUGAGUGGUGCCUCCAUCUUAGUGAGGGAAGGAGAUGCUUGGGCUCUUGCUUAUUCAGAAUCUAAGUCCCAGGGCCAAGGCCUGGAAAAGGUUCGUGUGUCCUUCCUGUGUUCAAUUUUAACCUCUGUAAUCAGCCUGUGCCUAUAGAUGGGUAUUUCCAAGCUGACCCGCUUCUCUUGGUCCCUUUGUCUGCGAAUUCAGUCUUCUCUGUACAUCACCCCACCCUGGACCCCCUGCUCUACCCUCCAUCGGAUCCUGCUCCCGACUCCUGAACCAUUUUGAUGAAAGCAUGGCUGCUGUGUCUGCCAGGCCUAGCACAGGGGGAGGCCAGGAGAGUGCCAUGGGUACCAGAUUUAGUGGAGGCAUCUUGGGAGGUUCCUUGCCUGCCACCCAGCCCUCUGUGUCCCUGGGGAAGACGUUUCAGGGCAGUGGUGGGGUGAGAGGAGGGCACAGAGGGGCAUGACUAUAAGCUACCCCUGUGCAUUAAGUGUUUAAUAAUGAAAUGCCAGUGGUUGUCAAGUGUCCACUGAGCCAGUUUUACUGGAGGAAUGGACACAGGAAAAGGACAGCAUAGGUACUGGGGGACAGGACUAAUUAGAGAGAAUGCUGCCUGGUUCAUUAGAGAUCUGAGCCUAUUUUUUCUCCCUGGUGUUAUCCCCCCUGACACCCCCGCCACCCCAAAUCCUAGCUUGCUGCAUGGCACGCAUCUUGGCAUUUCUGGCCGACCUCUGAAGCUGCCCAUGGGCACCCAUUCAGAUUUCUUCUGCCCCUGUGCCUGUGCUCGUCUGGGUAGGGCUUGAUAGAGCAGCAGCAAGCUGUGGCCCAGUGGGUGGCUGGACGGGCCGGGGGGACCAGGACCAUAUGGUCAGUCAGCUGAGGCUGAUUCCCAUUGACAUCCCCAGGGAAGAGGGUCAUGACAAACCCGGAUGACAAAGCAGGGGCUUCCAGCCCAGGUAAGAUACAGUGGUUACAUUAACUGGGUCACUAUAUGAGCCCGUGCACUAGCUGGGUAUAAAUUCCACAAUGUGAGACUGUGUCAUACACACACCAGUGGUGACAAGUGGGUAAGUCUCAAACUACCAGGUCUCCAGUCUAGCUCUGAAAGGAGAACCUCCCAACCUCUGGCAGGAGCUGGGGAUUUGGCAUUAGGUUAGGCAUUCAGGAGUGCGUCUUUAAAGACCAGGCAGCUCUGAGAGCAUCCUCAGGGGAGCCACUAGGUGGCGCCACAUCCCCGUGGUUGAGCUGUGUGGGCCUGUGUUCCCUUUAGGCUUCCAGGUGGGGAGACCCCCAGGGACACAGGUUUCUUCCCUGGCCAACUUUCAGCCAAUUUUGCUUUCUGCUGCAGACGAGUUAGGGUGGGGAAGGAAUAAGAUAUUGUUCUUCCUUUGGCACUUUUGAGGGCUUCUCUUCCCCAGCCUCACCACUUACUAGCUUCAAACCUGUUUCUCAACUAGGAAACAGUAAUCACAUGACCUACCUCACUAGGAAAGGUGCGAAGGGAGACAAAGCAGAAUUAAACUCUCCCUGCCCCCCGGAGUUUGGCUAGUUAGGGGAUAAGAGGAAUAUGAAAAUGUAUGUAAACAGUACAAGAAAAAGCACUAGAGAUGAUGACUCAAGCUGAGAGUCUUCGCCAGUCUUCGGUCUGGCCCCAAAGGGCCAGGGCUGGCCCGAGAGUGACCGCAGGCCAACGCGAAGGAUGAAUGUGCCAGGUGUAUGAAGGGCGGCAGGGCAGGACUUGGGUGCUUAGUCUGAUGAGAUGCUGAGGGGAAGUGGGAGAGGGAGGAAGCUAAAAUUAAUAUAAUACUGUUCAAGUUCCCAGCACAGGCCCAGUGGGUAAGUGUGGGGUAAGUGUGUGCGAGGCACCGGGAGACCUCAGAACCGGCCUCAGAAAGGAGGAUUUGGGCUUGCCAUUGGGAGUUUGGGCAAAAUAUGAAAGAGCGGGGAACCCAGCCCUGAGAUCUGCCCUCUGCCAAUCUCCCAGGUCCCAGGCUCCCUGCCCCACCUCAGCUCUGGGCACGGACUGUUCCCCAGAGGCCUGGCACCUGCCUACUCCCUGGGCCUCGGCACUCACUCGGGGCUGAUGCAGGAGCAUUACGUUAAUUAGUUAUUCAUUUAAUUUAACUUCACAUUUGGUCUCAAUUAAGCUUAAAGUGUUCUUCCUUAUAGAUGUUACAAUAGCACUUGUAAUUAAAAAGCAAUAACUCUUUGCAUUUCUCCUUUAGAGAUCCACUGGGAGGCUGGGCUAGUGGGGGGGGGUGUGGAGAAAAGGAAAGAAGCAGUGAAAAGAAAGGGGAAGAAGCUCUGGGUAGAUGUGAGCAAGUGAGGCUGCUACUAGGACUAAAGCUGAGGGGAAGGAAAUGCAUACGUCAUAGGUACCAGGUAGGAACCCCAAGAACUGGUGAGGGGGGGUCUAGAGAUAAAGGGGGCAGACCUGGUGUAUAAAGGGGAGCAGGGAUAGGGAGAUGGGGGGUGGCGGAAGCCAGCCUUAGAGAUGAAAGAUGGAGCUUAUAUCCUGUGCCAGGUAGAAUAUCACACCCCCCUCCAGAGGGGACCCUAUCCUAAUUCCCAGAACUAGCGAAUACAUGGCAAGUAACAUUUUGUAGAAGUGACUGGGACCAUGAGGUGGGUGACUCCCUGGAUGAUGAGGGUGGGCCCAAAGUAAUCAGGUUGCUUAGAGCUCCAAGAAGAGCCAAGUGUGUGGGUGUCAGGGAGAGUGGAAGAUGAUGGCUUGCCAACAGAGGAAGGGAGCCCCGGGAAUGUGGCCAGGGAGUGGGGGUGGCCUCUAGAAGCUAGAAAAAGCAAGGAAGUAGGAUCUCCUCUGGAGCCUCCUAAACCUUUGUUUCAGCUCCGUGAACCCGUUUUAGAUUUCUGACUUCCAGCACUAUAUGAUAAUAAAUCGGUAUCAUUUGAAGCCACUGAGUUUGUGGUAAUUUGUUACAGCAGCGGUAGGAAACAGUUACGUGUAAAGCUGGGGCGACAUCAAUCUGAGGGUGGGAAAAGAACACAGGAAAACCAAUAACUUAAAAAAAGCUGAGGGGAGGCCAGGUAGCAUUUAGGGAGAGGUAAAGCCUACGCAUAUCACUACCCCAAGAGUUCUGUGAAGGCAGAAGCUGGCUAAAUGCACAAACUUUACAAAACCCACCAUGAUAUGAUGAAAACCAGCAAAAUGAGAGGUUGUCCGUGUUGUCAUUUCUUAGGUCCCGGGACACUGAGACAA